AUGGCACAGGCAGAGUUCCUAUUCAAUUCAGGGGAGGCCAACGGGAGGAGUGGAGGACCCGGAGAAACAAUAGCAGGUGCAGCAGCAGAAUCCGCCGGAACAGUUGCAGAUGGGUGGCAUGUUGCGGAUCGCGCAGCCGAGGUGGCGCCCAACAUGCUUUUACUGCCGUUGCAGGGCACCAAGAGCUGCGUGUUUAUGGAGGAGGCGGAAGAGGCACUCUUCCCGGAGGGCCCGUCAGAGGUAGAUGAAUACGGGGCCCCUACAUCUUGCGGGGAGUGUGGCGCUUCUCAGCUAGACAUAGCGCUGCUUCCGGCGUCUGCCUCCCUGCCGUCCUCACCAGGUGUCAAUUUAUCAUCAAGCCCUGCUGAUGCCCCCCCCAGAGCUCUAGGAGCGAAUGCCACUUGCGUUGCGUACGCUGUGAGACCAGGGGUUGUUAGGGUGGUGCGGGUCCUGGACCACCAGGCCCUGGAGGCUGCCUCCGUCUGCAGGGUUUUGCUCCCGCCGCCACCGCUGGGGUCCCGGGGCCCUCGCGCCGCGGCGCAUGUGUCGCUGUGUCAAGAGAAACCUCACUUUCUACUUCUGGCAGACAACCUUGGCCUGGUAGUGGUGUACAAGCGGAAGGCAGACUCCCCUAGUGGCCAGACUGCGGGACAGUCUGUCCCCACAGACACCGAGGGGGUCCCUCAAGGCCCUUCGAACCAAGCAGGGGGGGCAGUUGGCGUUCCCACAGACACUGCUUCGCCCUUUGUGCAGCUGCAACUCAACCUCCAAGAGCACGGCCCUCUUCUUGACGUCUUUUGGCUGCCCGCGCUGCCACAGCAACAGCAACAGGAUUCUGGGGGAGGCGCAGCAGAGGACACAAAGGUGGCAGGUGGUCGUUUCUUCGUGACGGUGCAGCGCCACCACGUUGCCGUCUGGUCUGUUCCCCUGCUGCGAAUUCUGGCAGUUACUCUCCGGAAGAAUCCGCAGUCAGAACCUGUUAAAGUCCGCUGCAUCUGCACGUGUAUCUGCACAGACCCAUGCCCAACGUGUGUUACUGCAUCUCUGCAUAUGCCCGUUAUUCUGGGCGUGCGUGGCCGUACAUCAGCAACCGCUUUAUUGGCCUGA